GUGGUGACCAUGGUGACGGGGCUAUACUUCCUCUUGCCCCCGUGGUUCCGGAGCAGGACCAACCAGCUGCUCAUCAACUUCUACACGCGUCUUCCUUGCAAGGACGACGUGAUGCUAUAAGCUCUCAUGCGACAUCUGCGUUGGAAAAAAUAGCUCCCAUGCGACACUGCUGCCUAAUCCAAAGACACAUGCUUAAAACUCGAAUCAGGUGAGCGGGACCCACAGUGUGGGACCCACUAACUUAUCCAACUCAGCAUUGGUCAGGUGAGCGGGACCCACAACAUGGGACCCACUAACUUAUCCAGGUCAGCAUUGGUACAAGAGGACACCGAGCCAUGCCCCGAGCCGUGCAGCACCCGAGCCCAUCCUCCCCCCCCCCCCCCACACACCGUUGUUGUUGUUCUUCUCCGGCGACGACGCGCAGCAACGCCGUUCCGGGCCGCGACCUAGCGAUGUCGAGCUCCGCUUCAGCCUCCCGCCGCUCAUGGCCGCGCUAUGGCGCAGUGCCCAUGACAAGGUGCCCUACAUGCCCACGUAUCGCACCCCUGAAGCGGCUAGUCACAACCACCGACAAGAAUGGCAACCUUGGGCGGGAAUUCGUGAAAUGCGAGAGCAAACCAGAGCAGGGAAAGAAAUUGAAGCAAUGCACCCAUUUUGAGUGGCUAGAUGAGUACAUAGAGCGGAUUCAACUGGAGGGUGCAUCAGGGGAGCUCGAUUUACCGUUGGAGGCGGAGAAGUUGGGCAAGUUUGGAUCGGGCGCGUCUGGAUCUGGGGCCCCUGGAUCCGCCCAUUCCAUUGGUGCUACUGUGGGGGAUGCAGGAGUGACGGUAGAGCUGAAGAAGCUGAACAAGCAGAUGAAGAAACUCAUCGAGUUGCAGAAGUAGGGCAAUUUGAUGGGGCUGAUGGCCGGACUUUUUUAUGUUUGUGUAAUUGCUCUCGCAUUUGCUUAUGUGAUGAUAAUUAGUCGUAAGUGAAUAGAUUGGGUAUCAUUUGUAAUCGUAAUGAUAUGGAUAUUUGAAUAAAAGUGUUGCGCUGUACGAAUUCGGCAUGUCUUCUCCACUCUGUUUCAGCCCCUUUUUUCAGUUGUUCAGUUCGUCGUCAAUUUCAGUUUGAGUUGUAGAGGGAGAAAAGAAAAAAAAAGGUCCGUCCACAGUUGCCCGAAAAGGCCAGGCCCAUAUAGAAGUUAGGCAGGGCCGAAUAGAACAUAUCCAGGCCCAUUGAUAAAAGAAGUGUAGCUAGUGCAAAAAAAAGUGCACACGGUCAUUGACAUCGAUAUAUCU